CAACCUACGUCAAGCAUGAUUUGCCGAUUCAAAGAACGAAGCCUAGCCAGACACAUAGAAAGGUCAAGAUUGGGCAUUUCGUUGUUUUUGAUUCAGCUCACCACCGCGACCGUAUACAUUUCACCCAGUUCCUCGAUCGGAAGUAGAGCGAUUAGAAGUCAGCGGCGACGACAACGACGACGACGUCGCGCACGUUCUCAGUACAGACAGAGUGCGACGACGAGUUUCGCAUCGUAAUUGACUGCGAGAUAGUGGGCUGCUUCUCCGCGCGCGGAUUCCAUUUCUAUCGGGAGUUCAGCUGUAGUAAGCGUGUGUAAACAAAACUAGUGCGAGCGAGAUGUUAUCACGGUUUGGUGCGGUGUUCGCGGCGGUGGUAGUUUUGUGUGGCCUCAAUGCAACCCCGGUACCGGCGUACAGUUGCAUCGUGCAAUUUGAAGAAGAGAGCUCGGGACGAGGCAGCUUCAAACGAACUUUCAACGGGAAUCCCUAUUGUGAAUUUCUGGGGAUCCGGUAUGCGGCACCUCCGACAGGAGCAUUGCGGUUCGAGAAUCCAGUACUGUUGCCACCUCAUGGCAACCAGAAUUUCACCAAAUUGGGAAAUGUUUGUCCGCAGGUGGACGAUCUCAAUGUCGUGACACAAAUUCUAGGUGAUGAGGAUUGCUUGUUUCUGGAUGUUUAUCGACCCAAUGGAGCUAGCGGCGAUGUUUCGCAAAGGUUACCAGUGCUUGUGUUCAUCCACGGAGGAAGUUUUUCAGUGGGAUCGUCAACUAGUGACUUCCACGGAGUUGAUCUACUAAUUGACCAUGUGAGUUUGAAGCCGAUCGUGAAAAGUUUCUUGUAUUUCAAAGCAAGUUACAUCUUACAGGAAGUCAUCAUUGUUAGCAUUCAGUAUCGACUGGACCAGCUGGGAUUUCUACGGUCGGACGAGUUCAACGUAAGUGGAAACUUUGGGCUCAAGGAUCAGAGAACGGCCUUACGCUGGGUUCAGCGAUAUAUACACCAUUUUGGGGGAGAUCCCCGCAGGGUUACCCUAAUGGGCCACAGUGCUGGAGCUGCCUCAGUGACAUACCAUCUUUAUUCGGAAAAUUCCAAAGGGCUAUUCCACCAGGCGUUCGCCUUGGGAGGAUCAAUGCUUGCCCCAUGGGCUUAUUUGUACGACGCUAGUCUUUACUCACAUCAGUAUUUCAAAGAACUAAACAUCACUUCAAUCGAGCAAAUGAAAUCGGUAGACUUUAAGUCAUUCUGGAGCCGUGACAUCGUUUACAAAUUUGCGACGGUCAAUUAUGGAUUCUGUGUUCCUAGCGCAGAACUGGACGCUUCGGAUGCAGUUGUGACACGUUCACCGCAGGAGUUGAUCCGCUCAAAGCCAAUCAAUGACGUACCUCUCCUGUUUGGUCAAUCAUCCGAGGAGUUUGAGCUAUUCCUGAGCUACGUAGACGACUAUUGGAUGGGAGAAAACUUUCCCAACUUCCAAAAUGAAACCUUGAAGAGCUACAUCGAUGCGAUAGUGGACAGAGCUGCGGAGCUAGCGGAGCGAAGCGGAGUUGAACUGGACAAAAAUGUGUUCUAUCUGGAGCUGGCUAAUACAGCAAAUUGGUUCUUCCCGAACAAACAUCUGCUGGAAGAGUACUCCAAAUGGGUUCCGGAUGAGACGUACUUCUUCCGGUUCCAAUUCGAUGGGAAAUUCGGUUGGUACAAGAAGGCUUUCCACGGUCACAUCGAUGAAGUGAAGCACUACGGUGCAAUCCACGGCGAUGAACUGGGAUACAUCUUCACACCUUACAACGUGAGGGAAGCUUUGGCCAAUAGGAGUGCGUUCCGGGAUGAAUGGCGAAUUCACGAGCAGACGGUUCAACUUCUUGCAAGCUUUAUAAAAUUCGGGUCACCGAAUUACCCUGGAUCAAGAUUGGAAUGGCCGCCAUACGACGGAAAUACAGCAAGCCCAAAGUACCUGAAUAUUGAUAAGGCGUUCGAAAUACGGUCGGAUCAGUGGAGUUUGUAUCACUCCUUUUGGGGUGCCAUUUAUCAGUGCUUGUAUCACUACAACUGUAAUGAUAUCAAAGAUCUGCUGAGAAUGGUGGUGAAGGAUAAAAGAUUAGUUUGAGAGGAGUUCCAAAUAAACAGAAAAUAUCUCUAAGUUUUUACAACGCAAUGGUUAAGUUUUAUGAAUGUUAUUGCAUUCAAAUCUUCUAGUCAUCAAAACUGUACGACCGCUUUGGUCAGAUUAUAAUAAAAAGUUCUAAGGCUCGAGUCCUCCAUAUUUUAAGGUGCCCUAAACACUUUCUUGAACACAAGUCAUCU